GGGCGGCCGGGCCGGGAUCGAGCGGGGCUUGCCAGCCCUGCCUGCUUUAUAGAAUAUUUUUCAUCGCUUGGAUGCUUCAUUUUGAGCCAGUGACCCGAGCAGGAGCUGAGCUGAUCCCUUGGUGCAGCAGUUUUGGGGCUGGGGACACAGCCCAGGUGUGCAGGAGGAGCAGGCAGCCUCUCUCCCUGAGGCCCAUCCAGGCUGAUGCCCCCGCUCUGAGCACACCCAGAGGGUGCCCUCCGGGGCCGGAUCCCGGGCAGGAUGAGGAUCGUGGUGGCCAAGGUGCUGUGCCUGCUGGGGAUCUGUGUGCUGGUGCUGGCCGGGGCCCUGCUGCCCGUCAGGCUGAUCGAGGCCGACCACGAGAAGGCUCAGCGCUCCCGCCGCCUGCUGGCGCUCUGGAACUCCUUCGGGGGCGGUGUCUUCCUGGCCACGUGCUUCAACGCGCUCCUGCCCGCCGUCAGGGGCAAGCUCGAUGAGGUUCUCAGACAGAACAACGUGACCACGGACUACCCGGUGGCCGAGACCAUCAUGAUGGUCGGCUUCUUCCUGUCGGUCUUCGUGGACCAGCUCUUCCUGAGCUUGCAGAAGGAGAAGCCGUCCUUCAUCGACCUGGAGACCUUCAACGCGGGCUCGGACGCGGGCAGCGACUCGGAGUACGAGAGCCCCUUCAUGGCGUCCCCGCGCGGGCGCGCGCUCUACGGGGAGCACGGCCCGCACUCGCACGGCCUGCACCUCCCCGAGCUCGCCCGCUGCGGCCCCCGCCGCCUGCUGGGGCUGGUCUUUGCCCUCUGCACCCACUCCAUCUUCGAGGGUUUGGCGCUGGGCCUGCAGGAGGACGGAGGCAGAGUGGUCAGCUUGUUCCUGGGAGUGGCCGUGCACGAGACGCUGGUGGCCGUGGCCUUGGGCAUCAGCAUGGCCAAGGCGUCGCUGGCGCUGAGGGAUGCGGCCAAGCUGGCGGUGGCCGUGUGCCUGAUGAUCCCGCUGGGCAUCGGGGUGGGCAUGGGCAUCGAGAGCAGCCGCAGCGCCGCGGGCAGCAUCGCCUCCCUGCUGCUGCAGGGCGUCGCCGGCGGCACCUUCCUCUUCGUCACCUUCUUCGAGAUCCUGGCCAAGGAGCUGGAGGAUAAAAGCCACCGGCUGCUCAAGGUGCUGUGCUUGGUGCUGGGCUACACCGCGCUGGCCGGGCUGGUGCUCGUCCCGUGGUGAGCCGAGAGCCUCAGGAAGCCGAGGGAGCAAAACCUCACCUCUCCCCUCCCACGGCGCCGGGAGGAGCCGCCCCUUUCACCGCUGGAACAGCCCAACCCGGGCGGAGUUUCCAUGAUGACCUGGAGGAGGAGAAUCUCUUCCCAUGUGCUCAGAGUGAGGAAUAUCCCGAGGGAUUGUCCCUGCCCGAGGGGCUGCAGGGAAUAGCGGACACAAACGUUAAAGAUCUGGGUAAAUUCUGCUUCCAAGAG